AUGAUUUCCCAUGUACAACUAAUUCUUCUUAUUCUAGCCAUCAUAUCUUAUUAUGGGCAUGAAUCCAUUGCUCAAUACAUACCACCUUUCACUUCUUUAGUUGCUCCUGUUGCCAAACAUACCGAUUCCGCUAACCCUCUUUAUAGUGCUCAAAUCAUGACAAAAUAUGUAAACUCACAAUUCAUCCACACCAACUUCCUCAUAGACAUGGAAGCUCCAUUCACAUGGUACGACUGUGUCGUCCAGUGGAACAUAUAUCCCGGCAGUUGCCCUGGCAACACCGUUUGUCUCUCCCCCGUUUCUUGCGAAGAAUAUCAAUGCACUGAUGUUCGAACAUCAACUUUGGACCAUUACUCUUCUUGUCCUCCGGUCACCAACAGUUCCACAUUACCUGGUUGGGGAUUUUGCUCAUGUCCAGUCACUUUUGUGAACCCUAUCACUGGCUCAUGUGGCGAAGCAUUGCUCAACUAUGAUGAACUUUGGUUUAAUGGAACUAAUGGUAGAAUUGCUUUUCCUGACUUUAUGGGUGUUUACCCUAACUCCGCGUGUGCUCCUUCUUCGGCUUUUGAGUCGUUUCCCAAAAAUGUUAGCGGCGUGUUGGCAAUGUCCUCAUCGCCUCAUGCAUUACCCGCGAAUCUUUUUGGAGUAAUUCGAAGAUCCUUUGCUCUAUGUUUACCUACUUCCACGUCUUCUCCUGGGGUGUUAAUCUUAGGAAGUAGUCCGUAUUAUCUUGAUUCGCAUUCGGAUGUUGAUGUGAGAAGUUUUCUUUCUUAUACCCCUUUACUAAACAAUAUUCAAGACACUUUUGGAUACUACAUUGGUGUCAAUACCAUUGUAAUAAGAAAAAGAUCCAUCAAUGUUCCACCAAAUGCCACCACAAAGAUAAGUACACUUGUCCCUUACACCACUCUUAGAACAGACAUUUAUAAACAAGUUGUUCGAAGGUUUUCAAAGGUUACAAAACGACUUCAGCCGACAAAACUUGUUGCACCGUUUGGUCUUUGUUUCAAGAUCUUUACAAAUGGUACGCGGGCUGGUUUGAAGGUUCCGGAUAUAGAUUUUGGUCUUGGAAAUGGGAUGAAGUGGAGUGUUUCAACGGCUAACUCGAUGAAGCAGAUGACACAAGAUGUUUGGUGUCUAGCAUUUGUUGAUGGUGGUGUGACAAGUGAACAUGUUAUCGUGUUGGGGACGUUCCAGAUGGAGGAUAACUUUUUAUUGUUUGAUUUGGUUAAUUCGAGUUUGGGGUUUAGUUCUUCCCUGUUGAAUAAAGGAACUUCUUGUGCAAGUUUCAACUUUACAGGAGUUUGAAGCUAGCUUUUCUUCUUAAUAUGCACUAUAGAUAUGUUUAUAUAUAGUGCUCGUGUGUAAUCUUUCUUGUA